CGGAUAGAAAUUGGAUGAAUAAAGUCAUCUUAACACUUACGAUAAUUGCAAUAACCUAUGCAACUUAAGUAGAAAUGAAAGCCUAGCAUUUUAGAACUCGAGAGAGCAGUAUUUAUUUUGUAUUUAGUUCAAGGCUUAAGCUUUUAAGAUGCCAAUGAUAUAAAUACAAAUAAAUUCACCUGCUAAAUGGGAUUUGAUUUCUAUGAUUACACUAUCGUAGAGUUAUCUAAAUGGGCUGAUAUUAUUGAACAUCGAGAUUAAUUACAAAGGGAUUUAACCAUUAUUGACUAAAUUAUUAAAUUGGUUGACAAAGCAAAGCAUAUUGAUGAUAGCAAAUAAUAAAGUAUGUAUUUGAAACAUUUAGGAAUGUUCUUGCAAAUAACUGGAAGCCUUUAAAAUUCCUUAUUAGAAAUGUCUCUUGCUUAAUUAAAUCAUUAAUGGGCAAGAGGAAAUCUAGAUUAAUGUAUAGAAUAUAUGAGAUAAUUCUAAAACACUGUAGGUUAUACAGAGCGAGUUGCUAUGGCAAAUAGAAUUAUGGAUUAUUUAGAGAACAUGAAAUAUUAAUUAAAUAGAAAUUUAAAUGAAUGCUCUUAAUUUAAAUAACCAACAAGAUUGAGACAAAAAAUAAGAGACUUAUAAAUGAAAAAAAGAGAGUGCUAGGAGAAUUAUAAUAGAAAUAAUCGAAGAGAUAUUACUAACUAAUAAGCAUAAAAUAAAUAAAAGAAUUAUGAAUAAGAAUAUCGCUAUAGUUAAAGUUCAUCAAUUAAUUAAUAAGAUAUCACUAAAAUUAAACCCAAUAGAUAUUAACCAUACAACAGAUAACCUAUUUUUUAUAAUGAUGAUGAAGUGUGCCCUCAGGGAGAAGAGGAUGACUCCCCAAAAAAUUAAACAGAAGAGUAGAAUGAGGAAAAACCGGAGGGAGAUUAAAAUGAGGAAAAACCGGAAGAAGAUCCUAAAAAUGAGUCGCCAGAGGAGUAAAGUAUUGAGAUAGAAUAAAGUCCAGAUAGUAAUUAAAUUCUAGGAGAAGAGGAUGAAUAAAAAUAAGAAAAUGAUUCCGAUUAAAAAGACAAAAAGCCAAGAGAUAUCAUAAUAGAAAGGGAAUUUGGCCCAGACUCUGAACAUCAAAAUAAUUUUGAUGAGCCUGAAGAAUGCACAGCUGAUGAAGAAACUCAACUAGAAGCAGAUCCUUCUACCAAUAAUAAUUCUGAACAAACUUAGCAAUAAUUAAAUGAAAAACCUGAAGAUUAAGAACUAGAUGAUUAGAAUGAAUAAGAGGGUAAAUAAGAAGAAAAUUAAUAAGAAGAAGAUAAAUAAUAAGAAAAAGAAAAAGAAUAAGAGGAAGAUAAAUAAUAAGAAAAAGAAUAAGAAGAAGAUAAAUAAUAAGAAAAAGAAUAAGAAGAAGAUAAAUAAUAAGAAAAAGAUAAAGAAUAAGAGGAAGAUAAAUAAUAAGAAAAAGAAAAAGAAUAAGAGGAAGAUAAAUAAUAAGAAUAAGAUAAAUAAUAAGAAAAAGAAUAAGAAGAAGAUAAAUAAUAAGAAAAAGACAAAGACAAAAACAAAAAUGUUCCAUUAGAGAUUCCUCCGGAUGAUGAUGAAGAACCUGUUGAAGGGGAAUUAGUGAAAACUGAAGGUGUUGGAGCUUCUUCAGAUGGCAGAAUAGGGAAUUAGUAAACAUAAUAAUAAAAUUCGUAAGAAAAAAAUAAAUAAUAAGAAAAAGAAAAAGAAAAAGAAGAAACUAAAAAAUAAGAAAAAGAUAAAAACAAAAAUGUUCCAUUAGAGAUUCCUCCGGAUGAUGAUGAAGAACCUGUUGAAGGAGAAUUAGUGAAAACUGAAGGAGUUGGAGCUUCUUCAGAUGGCAGAAUAGGGAAUUAGUAAACAUAAUAAUAAAAUUCAUAAGAAAAAAAUAAAUAAUAAGAAAAAGAAAAAUAAAAAUAAUUAAGGGACGAAGAUGAAAAAACCAAUAAAAAAUAAGAUGACUAAUAAGAAAAUGAAUAAAAUGAUUAACCUGUGAAAGAGAAUGAUGAUGCAAGUGAAGAAGAUAUUUAUGAAUAAGUUGAAGUAGAUGAAACCGAUGAUAAGGGAGGAAUCAGAAAAGUUAAAAGGAUAGUGAAAAGAAGAGUAAAAAAGACAAAGAAAACGAGUGGAUAAAAUAGUGAAUCUAGUAAAUCUUAAUCAUCGAGUACAAAAAGUUAAUCAACAAUAAGUAGUUAAUCUAAAAAAGCUACUGGAAGUACAGCAGAAAACAGGAAUAGAUAAUCAACAAAUAAUGAAACCUCUAAGUAGGAAGCAUCAAAAUCUGAACAAAAAACUUCUUAAGAAACUUAACAAAGCUAAAAGCAAAUUUAAACAUAACAAGCAGAAAGUGAAAAAGCUAGAAAAACCAAUUAAUAGGAUGAGAACAAAUCAACUCAAUAAAAAUAGGAUGAAACAACAUAAAACUAAUUGAAAGGUAAUGAUGAUGCGAGUGAAGAAGAUAUUUAUGAAUAAGUUGAAGUAGAUGAACCUGAUGAAAAGGGAGGAAUUAGAAAAGUUAAAAGGAUAGUGAAAAGAAGAGUGAAAAAAAUUAAAAAGGCAAGCGGGUCACAAACUGAAACUAGUAAAUCUUAAUCAUCGAGUACAAAAGGUUAAUCAACAAUAAGUAGCCAAUCUGAUAAAGCUAUUGGAAGUAGUUCUUCUACUUCAACAAAAAAUCAAUCUUCUCAAUAAGAAUCAUAAUCCUCUGACUAUAAGCCUCCUAGAUAUGGAGAUGACGCAAGUGAAGAAGACAUCUUUGAAUAAAUUGAAGUAGAUGAACCAGAUGAAAAAGGUGGAGUUAGAAAAGUAAAAAAAAUGGUUAGAAGAAGAGUUAAAAAGACAAAAAAAAUAAGUGGAGCAUCAGGAGCAUCAGGAUCAUCAUCGACCUCAUCUAAAAAAUCUAGCUCAUCUAGCUCAUCAAGUGCAGCCAGUUCAUCUAGUUCAUCAAGUUCAGCAAGUUCAUCUAGUUCAGCAAGUUCAUCUAGUUCAGCAAGUUCAGCAAGUUCAGCAAGUUCAGCAAGUUCAGCAAGUUCAUCAAGCUCAUCUAGUUCUUCAGGUUAAGCAAGCAGAACCAAUCGUGGAAGUAAUUCAUAAUAAUCUUCUUAAAGCAUUUCAAAUACUUAAUAAUAAACUGAGUAAGAAGUUUCAAGUAAAUCAAAAGUUAGUCAAUCAGUAGCAGAUAGAUUAAGUUAAAAAUAUUCUGAAGCUGAAUCAAGAGAGUAGGUAUCGAGUUCUGCAUAAGAUUCCAGAAGUGUUUCAAGCAGUGGAAACUAAAAGUAAGUUGUAUCAGGAGGGUCAUCCAGCAGUUCAGUCAGCAGUUCAUCCAGCAGUGCAGCCAAAAGCUCAGCCAGUAAAUCAAGCAGUAGUUCAAGUAGUAGUUCUAGCAGUAGUAGCACUAAAAAAGGAAGCUCAAGCAGCACUUUUAAUACAGGAGCCUCUUAAAGUCAAAGUAGUAGGUAAGCAUCUUCUUCAUCAAGCAUUAAAUAAUCAUCAUCAAAAGGUUCUUAAGAAUCUAGUAGCAGCAAAUCAUAGAAAAAAGUUGUUUAAAAUGAGGAUGGAGAAGAAGUUUGGGAAGAAAUUUCUGUAGAGGAGGUAACAGAAUACACAAUAGAUUCUGAAGGGAAUAUGAAAGUUAUUUCUUAGACAAGUACUUAAAUUCCAAAGACUAAAGCAUACUACCUAAAUUCGAUAGGUAACUAAUAAAUCGAUCUGGAUAUUGAGCAAAAUGAUAGUAAUAGUUUGAUAAAUUCUUCAGAAGAUUCUUAAACUAAUUUUACUUCUUAUGAUGAUUCUACAAAUGAUUAAGGUGAUUAAGGCAAUGAUUAUCUCUAUGAAAAAGAUGGAGAUAAAUAAGAAUAUACUGAACAAGAAAAUGAAUAAUGGUUGGAAGAAGAUAGACUUAAUAAUGAUGAAGAGUAUUAAAGUGAAAUAGAUUAAAAUCUAUAAUUAGAAAAUGAUUAAGACUAUAUUUAUUAUGAAAUAGAAGGAGAUUAGAUAAUAUAUUAUGAAUAUGAUCCUGAGAUGAAUGUUUAUCAUAAAGUGAAUAUGAUUGAUCCGGAAUAAAAAAAAUCACUUAUAAUUUAAGAUUCUUAAUUUGAUGAUUUAUUAGAUAAUGUUAUAGAUGAGAAUAAGGAUUAGAAAACAUUGCCAACAGAUUAGAUAAGUGGAUAAGAUUCAAUAAAUAAAUAAGAGCAAAAAGAUUAAAAAGAUGAAUCGAAGGUUGAUGCUAAACAAAAAGUGCCAUCAGAAAACUCUGUUAAAGAAAAAUCUUCAUCUGAUUAAGUCAAGUCUAAUGAUACUCAAAGCUAAUCUGAAGUUGAAAAUAAAGUUGAUAAAGACGAAUAAAAAUAAUAAGAAGGUCAAAAGAAAGAUUUGGAUUAGAAUAAUGAUAAAAAAGUAUAAAAUUAGGAAGAUUAAACAAAAUAAAACAUAGGAAAUGUGGUUAAUGAUCUUUUAAAAGAGGAAAAAGUUAAAAUCGAUAGUAUAGGUUUUGAAAAAAAUCAAGUGGAAGUCAAGGAUGAGAAAUCUUUAAAAAUUUAGUCAUUGAAAGAAGAGUUCAAUCCUAAUGAACCAACUUAAUAUGAACCACCAAAACAUAAAGUUAAUACUAGGCCAAAGACAGAAAAGGUCAAUAUACCAGUUUUUACAAAAUAUGUCAAAUCUUCCUAUGAUGGUAAUGUUGCUGAAUAAUUUGAAUUUGCGGAUAGAGAGCUACUUUAGGAUUCCGAUGAAUAUGGAUAUGGAUUUUGGAUUAGAUAUACUUCAAAUGCACCAAAAACCCAUGUAAGAAAACCAGAAACCUAUUACUUCUUAUCUCGACUAACUUCAAAUCAAGAAUAUAAGGACUUGACUUAUUAUGGGGACAGAACCUUAGCCAUAUUUAUGAUAGAGAAUUCCUUUGUUUUUUCAACUUAUGAUCAUUAAGAAAAGAAAAAAGUGAAAGAUUAAGUUGUGGCUUUAAAUGAAGAUUUAGAAAGCAUGUGGUAUUUCAUCACAUUUUCUUACAGCACUGCUAAAAAAGCAGCAGUAGGAUAUGUGAUUGGUUAUGGAGAAAAUAAUAAAAUUUUAAGGAGUGAAAUCUAAUGCAGACAUGUACCUCCUCAAUACUUUAAACUAAUAAUUGGUGGAAAACAUAUGUCAUAUGAAGGAUUAAAUGGUCAAUUUGCAAAUAUAUUUUAUGAUAUUGAUGCUCCAGCCUUUAUAGACACAGAAGCUAAAAUUAGAGAAAUUAUAAAGACUAUUUCAAACAUUCCUUAAUAAGUUACAAAUUUAAUAGAUUUAGAAGUUAUCUCAACUCCAUAAUUAUUUAAUGCAAAUACAGCAAGUGAUUCUGUUAUCUUAGAUCCAUAAGAAUCUUAAUUAAUAAUUGAAGAAUACAGUGUUGCAGCCUGGUUUAGAUGGAUUGAUGACUUAAAGGUUGAUAGUGAAAAUACUUUUUAAAUCUUUAAUUUAAGAUCAAACGAAAAGAAAUCUUAAGGAAAAGGAAUUUUAGGAGACAGGUCUUUAGAAAUGCAUUAUAUUUACGGAGGAGGAUCUAAAAGUUCUGUGUACUUUAAUACCUAUACAAUUGAAGGUAAUAAAGCAAAAGGAUCAAUAUAUUUAUCAAAAACAGUUUAAUCUCCUAAUUAUAUAUGGUAAUAUGGCUAUAUGGCUUAUGAUAACGAUAAAAUGAAAGUGUAUGGAGCAUUAAUAAGACCAGGAAAAUCUGAUGAAAUUACUUUCGAUCCAAUUUAACAUAAAUUGAUUACAAAAUUAUAUUUUACUUUGGGGGGAGAUGAUUAUAUUUCACCAUUUAAUGGUAAAAUUGGGUAUGUAGGAGUCUACUUAGGACCUGGGGCAUACAGAUAAGCACUUAAUUUUGGUUAAUAGUUUUAAUAUGGAGAUGGUGCCAUGAAUGUAUUUUAAUUAAUCAAACCAAUACAAUAUAAAGAAGAUGCAUUAGACCCUAAUGUAGUAAGAGAUUGUGCAUAUGAUGCAGAAAACGCAUUAGUAGAUAAGAUUCUGAUUCAUGAUGAUGAGAAAUUAAGAAUAAAUGGUUAAAGUGAAUAUUCAUUUGGAAUGUGGACUAGAUGGUUGAGUACAAUGCCUAAAUAUUUAGUAUAAAGAGGAGCAGUUCAUAAUAUUGCUAGAUUGGGUACAGAGCCAUAUUUGAUUGAAUAAGUUGAUGGUAAAUUAAAAAGAGCAAAUACUAGAGCAUAAACAGUAAAGGAUUAAACUCUCGCAGUGACCUUAAGCAAAGAAGCAUAUGAAUUCUAUACUUAUAAUACUAAGGAUUAAAUAGCAUUUACAAAAUUAGAAGGAUAGUGGAAUUAUAUUUACUUUGGAUAUAAAAGAUUUGGAGAUAAGGGCACAGCAAGAGGAUAUGUCUAAUUUGGUGUAGAUGGAGAAAUUAAGGAAGUUUCUUUUGAUAUUUUCCACGAUUACAUUCUGGAAUAUGUUGAAUUUGUAGUUGGUAAAUCUUAAGCUCCAUUCUUUAAUGGUCAAAUGACUAAGAUUCAAUGUUCGAUUGGACCAGGAGCAUUUGUGUCAACUUCUGAUAAUCUAAGGCUAUAUACUUAAAAUACUUUGCCAGAAAAAGCUUAAAUACAUCCAGUCUCAAGAUAAACUCAAUAAUUAAUUGGUACACCAGUAAAUGAGCCUUCUAAUUAAUUUUAAUUUGAUAAAUUCUAAGGAGCUCAGGAAUAUGCUAUUUCUGGUUGGGUUAAAUGGAGUGGUGUACAAAAGAUUGGUAAAGUGUCUCACAUUAUCACAAUGGCUUAAAAGAGGUUGGCUGAUUUAGAUGGAAAAAACGAGGAAACUCUAAAGAUUCGAAGAUCAGAUAUAUCAUAUCUUUACUCUACUUAUAAUUGUAAAGGUGAAGAUUGUUCUUAAGUAAUAGUAAAAGAAUAGUAAUUUGGUGAGUAUUGGGAUUAAUGGACUUAUGUUUAUUUUGGUUAUUCAACUCCAUUAAAGAAGGCAUUCGGUUAUAUCAAAUAUAUAUUUAAUGAUGAUAAGUUUUUGUUAGAUGAUAUUAAUCAUUUUUAUUUGGCUGUUUUUAGUAUAAUAAUUGGAAAUGAAUAAGAUAAAUUUUAAGGAUAAAUUAAAACAUGGGUAAUUAAUAUUGGAUAAGGAUCUUUUAGAGAAGGUGGAUUUGAAAGUGAUGAAAAUAUUAAAGUACAUUUUGGAUUUAUAAGUGGAACUGAUCAUAUUAAAUUAUAAUAGGCAGGAUAAGAAGCUCAUCAUGAAGAAUAAGUUCUUGAAUGUUCAGCAAAUGGUAAAGAAGUUCCUUUGCAUGUAUAAUUUGAAUAAAGUGAUAAAUUAAAUCUUUAAGGAGUAAGUGAAUAUGGUUAUGGAUUUUGGGCUAGAUUUUAACAUUUUGCAAAUAAAGGUGUAUUAUAUUAGUAACCAUAAUGGAUGGGUAUGGCUAGAUUGACUAGUUAAAAAGAUUAUAAAGAUUUUGAUCAACCAGGAGAUAGAGUUUUAUUGGUUUUGAUGGGUAAGAAUGUUUAUCAUUUUUCAACUUAUAAUGUACAACCACCUUCAAACAAUGUGAAUGGAAAUAUACCUUAUGCAUUAGAAUCAGAAAGUGAAUGGACAUACAUUUAUUUUAGUUAUAAAAGAAUUUCUUAGACAUUAGGACAUGCAGUAGCCUUCACUUCAUUUGGAGAAAUCACCCCUGGAAUAUAAAUGGAUGUAGUACAUAAUUUACUCUAAAAUUAUUUGUAAUUAACAAUAGGACAUGCUGGUAAAUAUUAUCCAAACUUUAAUGGGCAAAUCACUACAGUAAGAUUCAAUUUAGGACCUGGAGCAUUUAUUGAAAAUACAGCAGGAAUUAUGGCUAGAAUUAAGAAUAAGGAUCCAAAACCAGAUAUUUUGUCAGUUCCUAAAAUUUAUGAAUUAUUUGUUGGUAAAUAGGACGCUUAAAAACUUAAAAUUGAUAACCCUGUCAUUAUUGAUUAAGAAGCGAGAGAAUAUUCAGUUUAAAUGUGGUUCAGAUGGUUCAAGACACCAGUAAAGCUCAAUUAAGUGAUUUAUAGAUUAUCAGCUAACAGAGCAGAAAAUGAUGCUUAAAAGAUUGGUGAUAAAGUAUUAAUGUUAUCUCAUAUUGGAACUGCUUUAUUUAGUACUUACACUUUAUAAGAUUCAAUAAUGAAUGUUCCUUUUGAAUGUAACAUACCUAAAUAAUCACUUGAAAUUUGGAGUUUUGCUUAUUUUGCAUAUUCAAAGAAGGAAAGAAAAGUUUAAUAUUAUUUGAAAGCUGAUGCUCAUGAAAAUAAAGGAUUGGAACCUAUAUUACAUGCUGUAUCUUCUAAGUUUUGGUUGUAUGUAGGAAGAGAUGGUUUAUUGGAGAAUUUUAAUAGUAGAGUAGCAUAAUUAACAUUGAAUUUUGGUGAGGGUUCUUUUCGUAAAGAAAACUUUUUGUAAUUACCUAUUUAUUUACUAUCUACUAAAUUAUUCUCAUAAGAAAAGAAGAAUAAUUGGGAAAAUGCAGGGAAGAUAGUACUUGGUUAAUCUUAAACUAUUAAAUUUGUAGAUGAACCAGAUAAACCAAUUGAAUCCAUGUAAGAAUAUAGCAUAGGAUUUUGGUGCAGGUUUUUAUAAGCAUGGCCUGAAAGAUAAUAUAAAUUAUAAUAGGAAAUGUAAUUAGUUAGAUUAACAUCAAAUGAAUAAAUAGAAGUUGGUAAAGUAGCUAUGGGAGAUAGAAUAUUGGCUUCCCAUAUUGUUUAAGGUCAUUAUCAAUUUUCUACUUAUGAUUUAAAUGAUGAUGCACCUAAUGAAUUAAGAACAAUAGCUUAUUCUAAAUUAGAGGGAUAAUGGAAUUAUAUUUAUAUGGGUUAUUAGAGAGUGAGUUAAUAAGCUUCAUAUUUUGUAUAUGAUGGAAAAGAUAUAUAGUAAAUAAAAAAUUAAGAUUUAUUGCAUAAGCCAUUAGGAGACUUUGUUAUUUUACAUAUUGGAGGUGAACCAGAUAUUCCAGGAUUCUAAGGACUAAUGUGUAAGAUGGCAGUCAAUUUUGGAGUUGGAUCAUUUUAUGGAUUGGUAGAAGAUGUAAAGAAAACAAUUGAUAAUUCUUAUGCUCUUGAUUAGUAAUUGACUGUUGACUUUAUUCAUAAAGAAAAGCAUGGGUAAUAAGAAUUAAUUGGUAAAUUCGAAACUGUAGCUGAUGAUGUUGGAGGUGCUGAAUUAAGAGGUGAUACUUGGUCAUAAGUUGGAGAAUAUUCAAUUAGUGGUUGGCUCAAAAUUGCCGAAAUUAAAGGAUAAAAUGCUAACGAUUGUUAAAUUUUAUUUAGAGUUACUAAUAAUGAUAACGCACAUUUAAAUGAUAAACGAAUUCAAGGAGAUAGAACACUACAUGCCUCUAUUUGUGUGGAUUCUAUUAAACUAUCCACUUAUACCAUUCAUGGAUUGAAAGAUUGGAAUGAGGCCAAAUUCUUAGAAGAAAAGGUGGAACUAGGCCAUAAUAAAAAGGCAUGGAUAUAUAUUUAUAUGGGAUAUAAUGAAGACAUAUAAGAAGUACAUGCUUUAUUACAUCUAUUUGAUUAAGACAAACCUCUUAUUUUUAAAGGAGUUUAACAUUAUGUACCACAUUAUACUGCAAUCUACGUAGCCAAAGAUCCAUUUACUAAAAGAUUCUAAGGUGAUCUAUAAAAGUGGGUAGCUUAAUAUGGAUCAGGUGCUUUUGUUAGUAUUUAAAAGAGAGGUUAUGAAGAUAUCUUGACAAAUUAUAGAGCUUUGGCAACUAACUAGAAAUAUAUGUGGUUCACUAAAGAAGAUGGAGUAUUAGAAACUGAAAAAGCUAUAACAUAAGUUUUUACAACUGAAGUUGAAUCUGUUGAUGAAUAUUCUAUAGGUGUUUGGACCAGAUGGUUAAUUUCUUUUCCAACUACUCUUACUGAAAGAUAAGAAAGACAUAAUAUAUUUAGAUUCUCAUCUAAUAAGGAAGACUAAGAUAAAAGUGAAUUAGGAGAUAGAGUAUUGGCAGCAUUUCUAACACUUGGAAAUUAUGAAUUUAGUACUUAUGAUGUUCUCAAAUAAUCUAAUGCUGUUGAUGCUAAAUUACCAUACACAGAAUUAGAAGGAGCUUGGACUUAUGUUUAUGCAGCAUACAAAACUGGAUAAUUUUAUGGAAUGGUGUUGUUUAGAGAAUAAUAAAAAGCCUAACAUAUUGAAUUGUAGGUCUAACAUAAAGCUUUAACUGGAUAUUCUAAGUUUGUCUUAGGAGCUAAAGAGUUUGGAUUUAGAGGUUUUCAUGGAUGGUUAUUUGAUCCAAGGAUCUUCCUAGGUGAAGGAUCAUUCAUUAGUGAAAGUUAGAAAGUAGUUGACAUGGUACUCAAAUUGCAUCGUAAAUUACCAAUCCAACCACUUGAUGCUGAAGAUUUUAAAUGGCCUGUCUAAAUGAUAGAUACUACUGUUUCGGAUGAAAUUAACGACAAAAAAGAUAAAUUCUCAUUUGCUUUCAAUGAUAAACCAGGUUUGAUAGAAUAUUCUUAUGGGUUCUGGAUGUAAAAUGCUGUUCUAACACCUGAAUUAACAGAUGAAUAUAGAGGUCUUGUAAGAUUGUCAACAAACAAUGAAGGAUCUGAUGAAAGAUAUAUUGGUGAUAGAACUCUUACUCUAUUUACUAAGACAGAUGAGAUUGUGGCUAGUACUUACACUCUCAAAGAUCCUACAUUUGAACCAGUUACUCAUACUUUUAAACUAAUACCUUAUUAAUGGACUUUUGUUUAUUUUGGCUACAUUCCUGGAAAGGCAAGAGCCUAUAUUUUGGGAAUAAAGGGACCAGAUGAAUAAAUUUUGAAUGUAAAACAUGCUAUUCCAAAUGCUUUCUAUCUUCAUUUAAUUAAGGAUUAAUCACAUCCUUUGUUUUUUGUAAAUUAUUUUAUUUAAUUUUAGGGAAAAUUCUAUGGAUUUAAAUUGUUAUUUGGAUAAGGCAGCUAUUUGGCCAAUCCUUAAGAAAUGAUAGAAAAAUGGCCUUAUGAUCCUAAAGCUCUGCCACAACCUUCUAAAUAAGAGGAAAAAAUCUUAUCACUAAAUUCAGCUAAAGUAGAUAGGGCAUAAAAUAAAGAUCAUGAAAAAUUUUAAGAAUGAUUUGUUUUGAAC